UUCAUCUACCAUCAUUGGCAUCGAUCUCCAUGAAAUCUAACAUGUAAGAACACCCCUUCCGCUCAUCUUCCCUUGAAGAAGUUAUCGUCAUCGCAUCAACAACGACGACGCUGGUUCACCACUCUCGAUCUUCCGAUGGAGGAGCAGGAGCAACAAACCCCCCACACCUCAGGCUGCGGCGGCGGCGGCGGCGUAAUCUCCCUCCGCCCUCUGCAGCUCUCCGACGUCGACGACUUCAUGGUCUGGGCCAGCGACCCGGAUGUCGCCCACUUCUGCAGGUUCGAGCCCUACACGAGCCGCGAUGACGCCCUCGCCUACAUCGCCGGCACCGUUCUCCCCCACCCUUACUUCCGGGCCAUCUGCGUCGACGGCAGGGCGGUGGGGCAGGUCUCGGUGACGCGGAACGAGGCCGGGUCGGAGGCUUGCCGGGGGGAGCUGGGCUACGCGCUGGCCCGGGGCUACUGGGGGAGGGGGAUCACGACGGAGGCGGUGAGGAUGGCGGUGGCGGAGGUGUUCGGCAGGGGGAGGCCGGAGCUGGAGAGGGUGGAGGCGAUCGUGGACGUGGAGAACAAGGCGUCGCAGAGGGUGCUGGAGAAGGCCGGGUUCGCGAGGGAGGGGGUGCUGAGGGAGUAUCAAGUGUUCAAAGGGAGGACCAGGGAUGUGGUCGUGUUCAGCCGUCUCUCUACCGAUCUUGAUUCCUGAUGUAUUCAGCAUUAAUGUUGCUCGCAUUAUAUUGCAGAAGUUGAUUAUAGAAUCGUCUUCAAUUUGCUUGGAAAACUUCCUACGUAAAUUGUAAACCUUCCGGCCAAGCUGAACC